CCUACCUUUCACACGGAUGCGGAUUUCGACCCCCCCCCCCAAAAAAAACACAUGUGGAGGAAAACAUUAUCGUGUCCUCUCUAAAUCUAAAAUGGAAUUAAACGUAAAGAAAACGAGCUCACAGGCGUUGCUGUCGUGUGGUAACGGAGGAGGUCUCAGUGAGAAGCUUCUCCUCAGUCCAAAUGCUGGAAGAUCGCUGCAGACAGAGAGAGUCCCCAGAAGCAGCGUUCUGGACCGGCUGCAGAGCUUCCUGCCUCAGAUGGCUGAGGCCAACGAGAAGCUGAAAAGACAGAUGGAGGAGGCUCCUGCUGGACGCUUUGACAUAGAGAGUGUGGACGAGGCAGAGAGGGUCAUAGAGAUGGAUGUAGCAGUCGUGGAGCUCAAUGAGUCAGGCAGCAGCUCCGAAGGUUACAGCGAGACGUCGGACUCUGAGGAGUCGGACUGUAGCGAUGAUGACGGCGAGGUCACAGAGCAGAACUUUAAACUACCUGGAGACAAAGGCAAGAAAAAGAAAGUCAACAUCCAGGUUCUGGACCAGCAGGGGGAGUAGAUGAGUCAGACAAAGGGACCUUUGGUUUCUUUUCCAUGUGAAAUGUUUUGCCAAGGAGAUCCUCAGAUGUCGUGUCGGAGUUUCUUUUUUUUGUUUUUUUCAAACCUUCUUCACACACAGACAGACAGUGGACAGAAAAGCUGCUGACUCAUGUGGGAGUGCUGUGAAUACUGAAAUGUGCACACAAACUGCCCAUAGGGCCAGAACAAAUGCUGGGAGUCUACCGUGUGACCACGAUGUCUGCAUACUGUGUUGUUGUCUCCUCGUUUAUGUCCUCUGUUUCAUGAACGUGAACACAUUCUUGCAUCAGUUUGGGCUUCGAAUCGUUCACCUUAGCUCUCUGCUGAAGCAGGAAGUGAAGCAAGUACAAAUGGUAAUGAAACAAAGCCUGCUACAUGCUCCACAGCCAGCAUCAUUGGUGCCUUCACACAUGUCCAAGUGACCCAUCCCACAUGGAUUAAUGAUCCUGGAUCCCAUUACAGAUGCUGGCAGUUGAACUGUGCAGCAUAUUCUCUUUGUCCCAGUGGAUGCAGCAUCUAUCAUUGGACAGUUUUACACCAAAUGAGGUGCUUGUUUCUUCUUUGUGUGUGGACACAGCAGGCAUGUUCACUGACAGUACAGGUCAAGUGUUCCUGAGCCCCAGCAAUAAACUCCACUAUAGAGUCGAACAGAGACCCCAGAGAUCACGGUCAGUUUCCUUCUCUGUCUCUGUAUUUUAGGUUUGUUUGGAUUUUCUGAACAUUUGUCUGCUGAUCAGAACGUUGGUGGUGUAACCCUCAGCUCCAACAAAUACACUGUACCCUCAUUAUGUAUCCAGUGUGACAAAUAAUGCUUCAAGUGUACAGCAUACAGCUCUCUCAGCUUUGUCUUAGAAUUUGAUCCUCUGUGUAUAUUUGUUGUUUUCACUUCUGUUUCCAUCGUCUGUUAAUAAUUAUCAUUUGUAUUUUCCACAGAUUCUCUCCUUUUUUUAUACAAGGUUGUGAAUGUGAUUUUGAACCAACUGAAUAAAGUUUAAUGAUGACA